AUGUGUCUGUGUGGUGUUACAGGGGGUGUGGUGCUGAUCGCGGGCACAGGCUCUAACUGCAAGUUGGUGAACCCUGAUGGGACGGAGGUGGGCUGUGGCGGCUGGGGGCACCUGAUGGGCGACGAGGGCUCAGCCUACUGGAUUGCACACCUGGCUGUGAAAACUGUGUUCGACGCCUAUGACAACCUGGUCCCGCCCCCGCACGAUGUCACCUACAUCAAGCGAGCCAUGAUGGAGUACUUCCAGGUGAGAGUGAGGUCAGGCAUCCCCUGCCCACCCCACUCUGCGCUUCUACAGGUGUUCUGUCAGAGGACUCCAACAACAACAGAGGACCCCAAGAACUCCCACCACCAGGCCUUUGUCUGCUGUAACUGCCCCGAGCAUGCUGCUGCCCCUCAGCUGUGUGUGGGAGUGGGGAGGAGUGUGUGCCUGUCUCCUGCCUUGCAGGUGCUCCUCGGCUGUCACAGGUGCGGCAGACUGACAGCGCGGCGUGUCUGUGUUCCAGGUGCUGAGGCAGGGGAUCCGCUGUGCCUCUAUGUGUUCAGCCAGGCCGGCCGGAUCUUGGCUCAGCACGUGGUGGCUGUGCUGCCCAGAGCUCAUGAGGUGAGCAGCUACCUCCCUAGAGACGCCAGUACAGAGCCGUCUCCCACAGUGUCCAGCUAUAGGCAUGUCAACCCUAGCUACUGCAUCGCAGACAGGACUAGUGGAGAAUUAGCAAAAAUGCAUGUGGGACAGAGCUGUGCUGCACUAAGAACUAGUCUAGAACUAGAGAAGGCAUUGCAGAUGCUGGGGUCACUGAGGAAGCAUGCAGGUUGUGCUCUGGGAAUGAGCUCAGUACUUAUAAGAGCUGCUGCUUCUAGCAAUGAGCCUUACCCUGCUAUGACAGGCACUGGGGUCAGCACUAGCUCCAGGCAGGCAAACCAACAUGAAAAGCGACAGAACGAUGCCAGACAAGCCAUGAAACAUGAAUGUCUUGUCACAUUCUCCCUUUCUCGCUCAGGGUUCACGGAGGUCCUGGAGGGUGUGGCCAGCCAGUCCUUCUCUCGCUACAGCCUGCUGACGCUGCGUCACUCUUCUGCCCUGGGCGGUGCCAGCCUGGGGGCUAAAAGCGUGGGCAUAACUCUGCCCCUGGACUACAAGGCAAAUGCCAAUGUAUUCUACACACAUACCUUCGCCUGCCAAUGAGAGUGCAGUCCUGCGCAGGGGAGGAGGUGGACUGCUGGACACUCUGCCCCGCUCCUGGGGUACAGCUCGGCCAUGUCUCACUACCCCCUUCACCCUUCCUGUGUGUCCCUUUCUACAAGACCUGCAUUCUAGUCCUUUCCGCCUCCCUGAUUACACCCAGCAGUAACGCCUCUCGUGAAGCAUACAGGUUCUGUAUAAACCACAGACGCAGUUUUGUUCAACUCAAAUAAUUGCAAUCCUGCAGAACUGAGGCACAAGUUUUCUUGACGGAAUCACUAGAAAUCAUAAAAAAGCUAACCAAAUUACUGCAUUAUAUUAUUUAACUGCAGGAAAUAUUAAACUAAGAGAUAAAUCA